AUGUCCUUCGUGUACCGGCCGACCUGCAGCGCGGCGGCGGUCACGGAGCAGGAGGCCACGGCAGCGCCCCGGCUCUCCGCGCAGCCGGGCCCUUCCCCGCCGCCCUCCUCGCAGGAGUGCGGGCCCGCGGGGGUCUCCCCGGGCGGGGAGCCGGUGGCGGACGCGGGCGGUGGCUGGAGGGCUGGUCCCGGUGGGACAGGAAGGCGCUUGGCCCCGGUGGAGAUCGCAGCGAGGAAGGAAGAUGGAUCUGUUUUGCAAAGGGUGUUGGCUUUUUGGCAGUGGGGGCUUAUUAUUCUGCCUGGCUUGUUCAUUGGCAACUUUAAAGAUGCCCGAGAUGUAGAGCAAUUGAGUAAGAAUAACAUUACGCACAUUCUUUCAAUCCACGACAGUGCCCGCCCUAUGCUUGAGGGAGUGAAGUAUCUGUGCAUUCCUGCUGCUGACUCACCCUCGCAGAACUUGGCAAGGCAUUUCAGAGAGAGCAUCAAAUUUAUUCAUGAGUGCCGACUUACAGGUGAAGGCUGCUUAGUUCAUUGCCUUGCAGGUGUCUCUAGGAGCGUAACAUUGGUGGUUGCCUACAUCAUGACCAUCACAGACUUUGGUUGGGAAGAUGCACUGUCUGUUGUCCGUGCAGCGAGAUCCUGUGCCAAUCCUAACAUGGGCUUCCAGAGGCAGCUACAGGAUUUUGAAAAACACGAUGUUGAUCAGUUCAGGCAGUGGCUGAAAGAAGAAUAUGGGGAAAACUCUUCUCAGGAUCUGCAAGAAGCCAAAAAUCUUCUGAGCAAAUAUAAAGAGCAGGCAGAAUUGCAGCAGAAUACUGGAGGAAGACAGUGGAAUAACAACUUCUCAUCUGUGCCAUCUCUCUCAUACAGCAACUACACAACAGAGACCUAAUCGUAGGAGGUUGAUUUUUUUUUUUCUACCUUUGAAAAAUAUCUUGCCAUAAUUUCCAUCCCAUCUUCAAGACUCUCGGCAGUAAUCACAAAAAGUUGAUUUGUAGAAAGCUUCUUGAUGAAAAUACUACAUUAUGUGUGUCUGUAUGAGUGUGUUUCACACAGUUUCAUAAUUUGGGCAGGAUCAAGCUCUCUGUAUGCCCAGAGACAUGAUCCAGUUACUGUGGCUGAUCCAGUCUGUCAGCCAGCCACAGCUAUUAUCCCCUUAUGUCCACAUUGCGUGGCAUUUGCUGUGAGGUUAGCUCAACUCCUUUUGUUGUAGGCUAGCAAAGGGCUCUGAGAGAUGAAGUCUGGUGAUUCAAGCUGUGGCAGUUUGACAUCUCUGCACUAUUAAUGUAGUAAAGAUGUUAUUGCACCUGAAGAAGGAAACUCAAGUCUGUGUCUCUGCUGCUCCUGUUCACAGUCCAUUGGCAAGUAAUACCGCAGAGGUGGGCUUGAACUUGAAUGCUGGGCUGCAAACUGGAGCAGGUGAGAUAUGGGCAUGUGUACCUUUCUGCAAACAGUAGCAUCUAGGAGAGAAGUGGGACAGACAGCUCUGAGUAAUAACAUCUUCAACUGCCACAGUUGUACUUGCUUCAGUGCACGUGAGACAGAGCUGUUGGCAGAACUGCCACAGACCAAGAGCACCAAGGCUGUUACCACAGCUCAGCUGAUGUGCGGUGAUUUAAGCCGUGGUCCCUUGAUCGUGCAUCUGGUCUCCCAACAUAAGCUUUUCUGGAGAGUAGUUUAUCCGGUCUCCAGUGCGGCUGGACUUCAUUCCCCGUGGAACACGUGCCUCUUCAACACACGCCCCUGCGCACAUGAUAACGUGUCUCCAAAGAGUGGGCUCAGUGUGAGUGUGAGCACCUGUUUCUUUGCUUGUGCUGUGGUUUGCUCUUUGACUUCAGCUACCUCAAAAAAUGCUGUUCUUGUCAUUGUGGUUGUAAAUGCAACCUUGAAAAUUGCCUUGUGUAAUCUUAAUCUGACACUGAGUGAAGUAAGGGGGUGUGUGUGUGAGAGUGUGUGUGUGCGCAUGUAUAUUUCACAAAUGUCUGUGUUUGAAAAGUUUUGUUUUCUUUUAAAAUUGCCCAUAUUUCUCACUGGUUUAAAAACUGAGUUGUUUGAAUUCAACUUUCUGCCAUUUAAAAACCACUAUAUAUUUUGCUGUGAUCAGAUUUGUAGGAAUGCAUUUGUAAAAUAUUUUUAAACUAGGUUAAAGCUAGGGGCCAUAUUCUGCUCUUAGUAACAUUGUGUGUUUCUGGAAUGGAGCCAUUGCCUGGCUCAAGUGUAUUCUAAGAGUGUUACUUCAAAUGUGUCGCCAGGGAUGCUGGGCGGUGUAUUGAUUUCUGGUGGUGUAAUGGGGGGUGACACUGAUGCCAAGAUGAUGGUUUCUUGUCUUUGACUCAGAGGAUGGAAGGCCUAUUUUUCUUGAAGAUUCCAGAAAAUAGAAAAUACCUCCCAAACAGCCAGGACAGAAAAACAAAACCAAACCCCUUCAGUUUUUUAAAUGUGGUGUACAUCAUGCUAAAAGAUGAGCACUGAGGGAGAAGCAGUCAGCAUACUAAAUAGACUGUUGUCUCUUUCAGUUUCUUCAGUACUCUGACCUCCCAUCCCUUCACAAGAUUCCUCUUCAUGUGAUUUCUUGCUUGCUUUGGGUGGCAGUGAAUUCUUUGGAUGGGAGCAAGGCUUUUGGGGUCAAGUAAGCUCUGGCUGUUAAAUAUCUGCUGUUAAAUAUCUUCCAAAAAAUAUGUUAUGGCUUGUGAAAUACAGAUCUUGCCUAUCAAUAAUUGCCAAAAAGGAAAAAAGGGAAUGGGGUGGAACUGGCCUGACAGUUUCAUCUGAAUUCAAGCCUACAUCAGGGUUCUCAUUGCACUGAGUGCUUUAAGUGAACAAGGAGAGCAGGAUAAGCAUGUCUGUGUGGCAGUAAGGGAUGCUGUUGUAUUUGGGAAAGGUGCUGCAAUUGGCUUUAUUUUCAGCCUUGUAGCUAAAUGAACCACUGCCUAUUUGGUACUGUGUUUGCCUGGUAGAAGUGUUUAGCUCUUCUUGAAGAUGUUGAUCUACAAAUAAUUGGUUGUUUAGGAAUUCCCAUACAGCACAGUGCCCAUGUUGGCAGUCCCCUCUCUACUCUGAGGGUAGCAUGUGGUAAUUGGAAAAUGCUGUCCUCCGUAACAGGGUCUGAGACAUGUUCAUUUGUCCAACCCUUGAUUCAUAAUAGGAUAUGUGGUGCAACUUCAGCCAGGUCCCAAAGGGCAGGUUUGUCAGAAGCCUUCUGCCUGUGCUCUUGCAGGUAUCCAGUCCACCCCUCCUGUAGCUGACUGCCAACACUAUGUAUCCCAUAGCACUUCUGGCACUCUUGUCCUUGUGGUAGUAACCCUGUGAGUGCUGGUAAGGUGUCAAUUCUUUUUUCUGUUAGACAAAUACAAGGCAGAAUGGGAGACAUCUAUUAAUAUUCAUGUGUCCAAGAUUAUUCUGUACAGGAUUUUUUUUCAAUAGUUUGGUUAUCCCCAAAGGGUCAAUCCCACAAACGGCAUUUUUUUAGAACUGAAUUCCACUUUAGGGCCCUAUAGCCACUUCAGUGUGCAUUAUGCUGCAGCUCAAAAGCAGAUACAGGGUAAAGCAGGAAGACACAGGGAGUGCCAUAUUGUCAGAAAGUAGAAGUGCUUCUCUCUUUUUAAAAGCCGAAAGAGGUAUUUUCUGUAGUCUCUUGCUUCUACAUCUUGUUUAGUGGUCUGUAUGUACUGCAUUUAAGAGUAGUAAAAGAGCAACAGCAGUCUAAGAAAAUUUGAAUCUGGUUUGCCCAUGUAGAGAGCAGAUAGUUUACUCCUUCAUUACCACAAGUUGUGGAAGAGAGUAGCUACAGUUCUCACCUUUGACCUUUUAGAAAGGGAGAGGAGCUAACACAAACUGAGAACUGACAUGAUUUGUCUUCCAACCAGUCUUUCAGUGGCAGUUUGUAGGACUUUCCAGCUAUCUGGAACAUGACUAGACCCCAGUUCCCCCUCUUGGUAGUUGGCCUUUAUAGUGUAGGUGAUGCAUUCAGUUAUUUUGUUUCUGUACUUCAAAACACUGUCCUCGUUUUGAUGUUCACUGAAAAAUGUAUAAAGUUUAUAACACGUUAUUGGAUAUCCAGAUUUGAAAUGUAUAAUCGAUUUUUUGGGGGGCUAAACUCGAUAUCCAUGUGUGAUUAUGAGCAAAUGUUUAGUGUUAUACAAUGUAGGUAAUGGGUAAAUGCAUUAGUAUUUAUUACCCUGAUUUUUAACCUGGAAAGAGUUGCUUCCUUACAUUUUGUGGUUGAGUGGGAAGAUAUGGCAAAUCAUAUCUCUGUUUUUUAAAAAGGAGAGUAAUAACAUUGGUUGCUAUAAUGGCCACUGCUUAUAAAGAGGUCAGUGAAAAAUUAUAGUAAUUACUUCAGCUAGUUUAAAACUCUAAACCUGGUAAGCUUCUUGAUUCUGUCUUCCUCUUCCUGGGCAUCUUAGUGAAGCCUUGAUUGCUUUUUCCAAAUGUUUGUAUUUAAUACAUUCUACAAUUUUUUUAUAAAUAAAAGUAAAUGUUAACACCUGA